AUAAUAAUCUUACACCCUGAUUUAAGUAUUUACCAUAAGACGAGGAAUUGCCCCUCGAAAAGAUAAUCAUUCUCUGGCUUUCCCUCUUGACGAAGGAAAGCGUAGCGUAUAGGUAUAGGCGUAUAGCUCUGGCUAUUAUAAACCCAGCCCAGCAGGAUUAGCAGUAUUAAGGUUUAAGAGGGUGUUUUGAGUUAAAAAGCAUAGAGAUAGUAAUUGGAUGCAUGAAUUGGUGGAGGAGAUGAUGAAGCAGAGUGCCUCGGAGUUGGCUUUGGAGGAGUUCAUCAGGAAGACUAUGACCUUCUCUGACGCGAAACCCUUUCCCGAUUUUGAUCCGGAUACCUGGGUCGCCCAUCUUUCUAAUUCUUUCGAUGUCUUCAAAGAUCAUCUUCUUCACCAGGAAGGGGAAGCUGAAACACAUGUAUUAUUGUUACAGAAUCUUACUCCAAAUCAAUCCAGUGUUACAGCCACCCUUGAUUCGCAAUCAUCCAUUUGUGAGAAUUUGUCAUCCGGAAGUCCACUGUCUGGCAACAACCCCAUAAUUAGGGAGAAUGAAGUAAGAGGAGCUACAAGUGGUUCGUCUCAUGAACAGUCGGAUGAUGAAGAAGAUAUAGAAACAGACCCUGGUCAGUGCGAACAGAGCUUAGACCCCACUCAUUUGAAACGCCUCCGCAGGAAGCUUUCUAAUCGGGAGUCUGCCAGGCGAUCCAGGAAAAGAAAGCAAGAGCAUCUUGCAGAUCUUGAAUUGCAGGCUGAACAAUUGAGGGGAGAAAAUGAUUCCCUAUACAAGCAGCUCACAAAUGCUCAUCAACAAUUUCGUGACGCUGACACUAAUAAUCGAGUGCUUAAGUCCGAUGUGGAAGCCUUGAGAGCCAAGGUAAAGUUGGAAGAGGAUAGGCUUGCUCGACGCACCUUGACAUGCAAUUUGAAUCUUCUUCAAAGUCACUUGACUUCCCCGCAACCGAUUGCUACUCAUAAUCUGCGGAUGGUGGCAAAUGUCUCUCCCACCAUUACCGUCCAUGGAGAGGAUUCCUCGUACGCAGGAUUGACAGUCUCUGGGAAUUCAGCACUUGGACUUGGAAAUGUUGACAUCAGCAAUGGGAAUCUCAAUAGUGGAAUUGGUAGUGAUGCUGUAAGCGGUGUUUCAGAAAUUUGGCGUUAGGAUUCAUCUGUGUGUGUGCCUGCUUUGUUCGAUUAGAUCAAGCUAAUGUCUUAUCUCUUAAGAAAUAUUUCUCCUGUAAUUUAUGGGUUUCUGUUUCUCUUUUUACUGCUCUGCUAUGGCUAUGCGGACAUUGUCUUUUUCUUUAGACAUGAAGAUACUGAAUUGCUUUCGUGAUUCA